UGAGUUUCAUGGAACUCAACUGAGAUUUUUUUUGGAUAUGUGUUUACUCACGGAGCCGUUUUCUCCUUUAAGAAUGUUGGUCAGUGGGCAAGCUAUUGCUGCAAAAUCUUUGAUAAAGCCUCUGUUCGCAGCAGAACGCCCUCUGAAUAAUAUUAUAUCUGACUUUCAAUAUAUCUUUACUUCUCAAAUCACGAUAUUGAAGUCACAUACUAUUAUUUUUAAACCACCAUAAAAUCCCAUUGUUCAUCACUAAUGUAUCGAUAGUUAUUGUUAAUGUUCGAGAAGUAAAUCACGCAUUAUAAGCAGUUUAAAGGCUCCUUUGAUUUUUAUUAAAAUUUUUAAAACAUAAAAGGGGCCGAAGUGGGGUGCAAACUAGCAUCUCCUCAAAACAUUGGUGACCCCGGCGUGAAUUUCUUUCUUGCUUCUCGUCUUGCCGCAAAUCUUACUUUCGUUGUUCAUCGCUCUUUUGCUGCUGCAGCAUAGGCACUAAACUCAAGUACAGAUAUAUGUACAUAUGUAUGUACAUACAUAUGUAUUUCGCACACCGGCUCGACUGCGCGCUUCUCUCUAACGAUCUUAUCGCGUUAUUUAGCAGAUCGGCUAUUAUAACCAAUCUGUUUGGUGCAUAUCAGUGCCAAGCCCAACCGUUUGCAUAGAAAAGAAGCCGUCGAGCAGAUACCUACAUACUUACAUACAUACAUAUGAAUGUGAAUGCAAGUGCCGCUACAAUUGCUCUCGAUACAUACACAUACACAAGCCGCUGCACACAUAAAACGGUAUGAUGAUGAGUGGAUUUAAUAUCUCGAACAGUGAAGUUUUGUCCACGAAGCUAAUGAUGUGGCGAAUUUUUUUGCAGAAGGUUAUCAAUUUCCUUUGUAGUGGGAAACGUGCCUUUUCUAAGGCAAUUUGUUUUUUUUUUAAAACAAUUUAAUGGCUUCUCAAUUGCCUCUAUCGUGUAGGCUAACAAGGUCUCCCUGUGCAUGGUUGCAGCGUCCGAUAAGGGCCCGCCUGGCAUUGCGUUCACGUUUUGUCUGGAUAGGGCAUCGGCCACAAAAUUUUCCUUACCCGGCUUGUAGAACACCUUGGCAUUGUGUUCGUCAAUGAAUGCUUUCCAUCUUUUGAUUUUUGUAUUUGUAUUUCUGUCAGAGACAGCGAAAGUAAGGGGCUGAUGGUCGGUGCAUAUAUUAUUUGCCUUGUCAUAUAAAGAUAAUUUUGUAACCUCCCUAAAGCCCAUACUAAGGCCAGCAACUCUCAAGUUAGCGUAAUGAGAUUCGCUAUCUUUGAGUGUUCUGGAAAUCAUAGAUAUUGGCCCACCAUAUUAAGACAAAACGGCAUCGAUGUCGUCCAUAGAAGCGUCAGUGGUCAAAUCAAAGGAUUUUUAAAGUCCGGGUACAUGAAGAUUACAUCUUCUGAUGCCAAAAUGCUCCUUAAGGUUUCGAAAGCAUUGCGUUGAGUUUCAUGGAACUCAACUGAGAUUUUUUUUGGAUAUGUGUUUACUCACGGAGCCGUUUUCUCCUUUAAGAAUGUUGGUCAGUGGGCAAGCUAUUGCUGCAAAAUCUUUGAUAAAGCCUCUGUUCGCAGCAGAACGCCCUCUGAAUAAUAUUAUAUCUGACUUUCAAUAUAUCUUUACUUCUCAAAUCACGAUAUUGAAGUCACAUACUAUUAUUUUUAAACCACCAUAAAAUCCCAUUGUUCAUCACUAAUGUAUCGAUAGUUAUUGUUAAUGUUCGAGAAGUAAAUCACGCAUUAUAAGCAGUUUAAAGGCUCCUUUGAUUUUUAUUAAAAUUUUUAAAACAUAAAAGGGGCCGAAGUGGGGUGCAAACUAGCAUCUCCUCAAAACAUUGGUGACCCCGGCGUGAAUUUCUUUCUUGCUUCUCGUCUUGCCGCAAAUCUUACUUUCGUUGUUCAUCGCUCUUUUGCUGCUGCAGCAUAGGCACUAAACUCAAGUACAGAUAUAUGUACAUAUGUAUGUACAUACAUAUGUAUUUCGCACAAUGGCUUGACUGCGCGCUUCUCUCUAACGAUCUUAUCGCGUUAUUUAGCAGAUCGGCUAUUAUAACCAAUCUGUUUGGUGCAUAUCAGUGCCAGGCCCAACCGUUUGCUUAGAAAAGAAGCCGUCGAGCAGAUACCUACAUACUUACAUACAUACAUAUGAAUGUGAAUGCAAGUGCCGCUACAAUUGCUCUCGAUACAUACACAUACACAAGCCGCUGCACACAUAAAACGGUAUGAUGAUGAGUGGAUUUAAUAUCUCGAACAGUGAAGUUUUGUCCACGAAGCUAAUGAUGUGGCGAAUUUUUUUGCAGAAGGUUAUCAAUUUCCUUUGUAGUGGGAAACGUGCCUUUUCUAAGACAAUUUGUUUUUUUUUUUUAAACAAUUUAAUGGCUUCUCAAUUGCCUCUAUCGUGUAGGCUAACAAGGUCUCCCUGUGCAUGGUUGCAGCGUCCGAUAAGGGCCCGCCUGGCAUUGCGUUCACGUUUUGUCUGGAUAGGGCAUCGGCCACAAAAUUUUCCUUACCCGGCUUGUAGAACACCUUGGCAUUGUGUUCGUCAAUGAAUGCUUUCCAUCUUUUGAUUUUUGUAUUUGUAUUUCUGUCAGAGACAGCGAAAGUAAGGGGCUGAUGGUCGGUGCAUAUAUUAUUUGCCUUGUCAUAUAUAGAUAAUUUUGUAACCUCCCUAAAGCCCAUACUAAGGCCAGCAACUCUCAAGUUAGCGUAAUGAGAUUCGCUAUCUUUGAGUGUUCUGGAAAUCAUAGUUAUUGGCCCACCAUAUUAAGACAAAACGGCAUCGAUGUCGUCCAUAGAAGCGUCAGUGGUCAAAUCAAAGGAUUUUUAAAGUCCGGGUACAUGAAGAUUACAUCUUCUGAUGCCAAAAUACUCCUUAAGGUUUCGAAAGCAUUGCGUUGAGUUUCAUGGAACUCAACUGAGAUUUUGUUUGGAUAUGUGUUUACUCACGGAGCCGUUUUCUCCUUUGAGAAUGUUGGUCAGUGGGCAAGCUAUUGCUGCAAAAUCUUUGAUAAAGCCUCUGUUCGAAGCAGAACGCCCUCUGAAUAAUAUUAUAUCUGACUUUCAAUAUAUCUUUACUUCUCAAAUCACGAUAUUGAAGUCACAUACUAUUAUUUUUAAACCACCAUAAAAACCCAUUGUUCAUCACUAAUGUAUCGAUAGUUAUUGUUAAUGUUUGAGAAGUAAAUCACGCAUUAUUAGCAGUCUAAAGGCUCCUUUGAUUUUUAUUAAAAUUUUUAAAACAUGAAAGGGGCCGAAGUGGGUGCAAACUAGCAUCUCCUCAAAACAUUGGUGACCCCGGCGUGAAUUUCUUUCUUGCUUCUCGUCUUGCCGCAAAUCUUACUUUCGUUGUUCAUCGCUCUUUUGCUGCUGCAGCAUAGGCACUAAACUCAAGUACAGAUAUAUGUACAUAUGUAUGUACAUACAUAUGUAUUUCGCACACCGGCUCGACUGCGCGCUUCUCUCUAACGAUCUUAUCGCGUUAUUUAGCAGAUCGGCUAUUAUAACCAAUCUGUUUGGUGCAUAUCAGUGCCAAGCCCAACCGUUUGCUUAGAAAAGAAGCCGUCGAGCAGAUACCUACAUACUUACAUACAUACAUAUGAAUGUGAAUGCAAGUGCCGCUACAAUUGAUCUCGAUACAUACACAUACACAAGCCGCUGCACACAUAAAACGGUUGCCUUGUGCGGUGACGUCUGUAAGAUGUACCGCUGUGUCCGAAUAACGCAUCCAGAUCAAUUUCUGAAGUUCAUCUUAUGGCGUGAUCACCAAAAUGAAAGCAUAAGGACGUACACCCUGGAUACAGUAACGUAUGGAACCAAACCCGCUGCGUUUCCAGCAAUUCGAGCGAUGCAGCAGCUGGCCCACAACGAAGAGCCUACCUUUCCAUUAGCUGCAAAGAUAGUUUAUCGCGACUUCUACGUAGACGAUUUAAUUUCUGGAGGGGACUCUAUAGAAGAAGCCAUUCAGAUCCGACAACAAGUAAAACUGCUACUGGCUAAAGGUCACUUUCCAAUCAGAAAGUGGUGCUCAAUCGAGCCUGAUGCAUUAAAAAGUGAAUCCGAUUGUGAGAAGCCAAUGGAGUUCAGGGAUGGCACCAACAUUGCAAAGGCGCUUGGUUUAGCUUGGAGCCAUAGCUCUGAUAGCCUGCUUUUCAACUUUGCGGAGAUCGUACCCGAAGGAUCACUCACAAAUCGGACCAUAUUAUCAAUGAUUUUACGAUCCGCUCGGAUUGAUCGCGCCCAUCGUUACCAUGUGAAAGGUAUUUCUCCAAGCACUGUGGAAGGAAAGGGUCAAUUGGGACGAAUGCCUGUCGCAGUCGCUGCACUUCGAAUGGAUCAAACUCAUAUCGCAACUCUCAUUUGUCAGCAGCUUGAAAUUCUCCCGUUUUGUAUUGAUGCCACUGGCUACGUAUGAACUGCAUGGAUUUUGCGACGCCAGCACAGCCGCUUAUGGUGCUUGCGUAUUUGCCAGAUCCGAAAUGCAAGGGGUAUUAUCACAUUUGCUAUGCUCUAAAUCAAGGGUCGCCCCAUUAAAGACGCUGACAAUCCCAAAGCUUGAGCUGGCAGCUGCACUUUUAUUAUCAGAGCUCAUAGGAAACAUUGCCAAGUGCGUUCAGUUCGAAUGCAGAUAUCAUUGCUGGACCGACUCAACAGUAGCGGUUGCAUGGAUUCGUGAUUCACCUUCAAAGUUGAACGUCUUUGUAUCCAAUAGGGUAUCACAAAUACAGGAGCGGACCAAGGGCAUGACCUGGCAUCAUGUACCCUCUCAGCUGAACCCUGCGGACAUUUUAUCACGUGAAUGCACACCUUUGGAACUUUUGGACUCACAGCUAUGGCAUAAUGGACCCCUAUUCAUACAGGCCGCUAGCUCGACUUAGCCUCAAAACGUCGCCUAUCCCCUUAAGCUUCCAAAGCGACGCCAGAAAGUGCUGGUACUAUCAACGAAGACGGACCUAUCGGAAUGUUGUAUAUUCAACAACACAUUUGCCAAGUUACAGCGCACUUUCGCAUACGGGUAUCGAUUUAUAGUGCUAAAAAGAUCUGAUUCGACUAGAUCAAAAGGUCCAUUCACUCCAGAUGAUAUCAAGUGCGGAACGCAUUUACUUAUAAAAAACAUUCAACUUCGCACUUCGCCGAAGAGUACAAAACACUCAGCUUACAAAGGCCGCUUCCAACAAGAAGCAAACUUCGUUGAGUGGGCCCAUUGCUGGACGCUGAGGGACUCUUGCGCAUCGGCGGGCGCCUUCAGAACUCAAGCUUGGAAUAUGAAGCAAAGCAUCCGUUAUUGUUGCCUAAACGCCACCCAGUCACCGCAGCUAUGAUCCCUUAUUAUCAUUUUGAAUUUCUUCAUGCUGGUCCGCAAUUCCUUUUAGCAACAUUCGGCCAGCGAUACUGGCCCAUCGGAGGUCUCAUGACUGUCUCAAAUAUCAUCAACAGGUGCGUGCGCUGCUUUCGAAUGCGACCUAAACUUCUGGGGCAAGUCAUGGCCCCGCUACCAGCUGAGCGUGUGCAGCCAAGUCCGACGUUUCACGUAAAUGGCAUCAUCUUUUGCGGUCCUUUCUACGUCAAAUCAGAGGUCAGCAAUCGCUCACCAACGAAAUGCUACAUCUCAAUUUUUAUAUGCUUUGCAACGAAAGCAACGCAUUUAGAGUUGGUAGAGGACCUGUCCACGUCAUCGUUUAUCGCUGCCCUGAAGAGAUUCAUCAGCCUUCGAGGGAAACCGCAUACAAUAUGGACAGACAACGCAACAAAUUUCGUGGGUGCUCGAAAUGAGCUGAAGGAACUGCGCGACCUGUUUAUAAGCGAUCCCCAGCGCAAUGAGAUUGUUCGCAACUGCCUAGCUCUGGGAAUCAUAUUUUGGAGGAUUGUGGGAGACCGCUGUCAAGUCAGCAACAUAUCAUUUUUACCGCGUCGUUGGAAAUUCUCUUCUCUCCAUCCACGAAUUCCGAACUUUCAUCUGUCAAAUAUUCGCAAUGCUUAACCCAAGACCGCUUUGCUAUAUUACAGAAAACUCGAAUGACUUGGAGAUACUCACGCCUGGGCACUUCAUCUGGGGCAAAGCGAAUGCCACUAUCGACGAACCAGACAUAACUCACCUAAGCUUAGAUCGCUCAGCCAUUGGCAGCGAAUAUGUCACAUGCAGCAAUCAUAUUGGAAGAAAUGAAGUACAUCGUAUUUGUCGCUGCUCCAAGAGCGCGGGAAAUGGCGAUGUCCAAGCAAAAUCUUCAGGCCGGCAACAUCGUGCUUCUCAAGGAGGACAAUGCACCACCACUCAGGUGGCCGCUUGGUCGAGUCGACAUCGUCAUCACGGAUGACGACGGCAUUGUGAGAGUAGCAGUCAUUCGUACACAAAAUGGUCUGGUCAAGAGAGCCAUUGCCAAAAUCGACGUUCGUGAUUUUUUUGGACAUGUGUUUACUCACGGAGCCGUUUUCUCCUUUGAGAAUGUUGGUCAGUGGGCAAGCUGUUGCUGCAAAAUCUUUGAUAAAGCCUCUGUUCGCAGCAGAAAGCCCUCUGAAUAAUAUUAUAUCUGAAUUACAAUAUAUCCUUGCUUCUCAAAUCACGAUAUUGAAGUCACAUACUAUUAUUUUUAAGCCACCAUAAAAUACCAUUGUAAAUUGCUCAUCACUAAUCUAUAGAUAGUUAUUGUUGAAAGUUCGAGAAGUAAAUCACGCAUUACAAGCAAUCUAAA